GUUGCUCAGCUCGCUGUUCGGCAUUUCUGCAUUUGUGUAGCGGCGAUCCUCGAGAGUUCCAUGUUGAAGCCGAGGUACAUCCCGUGAAGCGCAUCACGAUUAGAACUCGGAGUCCGUAGGAGGAGAACCGGUUAAGGAGGUGCACUUGGGACGCUCAAUCUCAGAGCACGGAUCGGUCAAGUCUCCCAUCGAUGGCUCUGCCACCAAAUCAGCCCGGUUUCGCACCGUUGUACCCGAACCUCAACGAUUUAUAUAACAACAAUAGAGGCGGAGCUUCACAGCCGGGACAUCCAGCUUCAGCCCCUUACGCAGCACCUUCGGCUCCGCCGGCACCCCCCUAUCCAACAUCGCAGACUCCGUAUCCGGAUUCCAACAUGCCGUAUCCUGGACAGACACAACCUUAUCCGCCAUCACAGUCCGGUUACAUGCCGCCAGGUCCUCCGCCUCCGUAUCCCGGUUAUCCGGAUCCUGCUCAUAACACACCUUACAACCAACCCCCUGCACCGGCGGGAUACCCAGCUCAGCCUGGUUAUGUUCCACCUCAGCCGCCGCCGGGGUAUGCAGCGCAGCCAGGAUAUCCCGGGCAGCCAGGGGUACCUCCACCCGGACCCCACAAAUCUAAAGGCGUGCUAGGGGACAUCGGGACGGCACUCUCCGCCGGAGGAGUUGGAGCCGCCAUCGGAAGUGCCACAUCGGGUCUUUUCGGGAAGAAGCACAAGAAGAUCCACGGACACCAAGGUUCCGGUUCAGGAAUCGGAGCAGGUACUCUCGGAACAGCUCUGGGAAUCGGGGCGGGGGCCCUGGCCGCGGGAGCCCUUAUCAAGCACGUGAAUCCCUUUAAGAAAGUCUCCAAGAUCUUCGACUACUCUAGCUCCUCAGACAGCGAUUAAAGAAACGUCAUUAGUACAUCGAUGUUGGCAUAGCUCAUUGGCAUGGCAUUGUUCUGCUCGGACGACAGAAACCUAACUUGAGUCGUGACAUCUACACGCACAGUCAGAAGAAUCCUCUCACAUGGGCGCUGUCUCCAUUCUCCGCAGUUGAAAAAAAUGAAGAAAUUCAGAAAACACUCCCGCCAUCGCUCUUCAAGUUCAAGCAGCUCCUCGAGUUCGUCAAGCAGCUCAUCGUCCAGUAGCUGAAGUGCGUCCUGAACGGAAGUUCCCCGCGGUGCGCGCUAUGAACGCGAGUCCGGAACGUACGACAUUUCCCGCAGUAUAAUUAAGAUCGAUCAGGAUUUUUGUACAUAAUUGCCAUGAUUCCCGUCAAUAAAAACGAGU